AUGGAGUACUUUAUCGGCUUUGACGUCGGCACGGGUUCUGGACGCGCUUGCCUCGUCGACCGCAAUGGCAAGCUGAUCGCGGACCACUCUGUGGCGACCAAGACGCAUCGCUCGCCCUCGGACCACCGCAUCUUUGAGCAGUCGUCCACUGACAUUUGGGCGGCGCUGGCCACCUGUUCGCGCACCAUUCUCAAGUCGUCGGGCAUCGACCCCGCGGCCGUCAAGGGCAUUGGCUUUGACGCUACCUGCUCGCUCACUGUUGUUGACCGCACUGGAAAGCCCGUCAGCGUGUCGCGCACUGGCAAGAGCGAAGAGGACGAGAGCGACGCCAACCUCGGUUCCGACUCGGAGUGGAACGUCAUUCUCUGGGCCGACCACCGCGCCGAGGACGAGGCGGACAAGAUCAACGCUACGGGCGAGGGUGUCCUGAGCUUUGUCGGUGGGACCGUGAGCCUCGAGAUGGAGACGCCCAAGACCCUGUGGCUCAAGAAGCACAUGAACGAGGCCAAGUUCAAGGAGUGCAUGUUGUUCGACCUCCCAGACUACUUGACCUACCGCGCUACCACGUCCCUGGCGCGCUCCAACUGCUCCCUCGCCUGCAAGUACUCGUACGUGCCUCCCGGUACGACGGUCGAGCAUGUCUGCGACGGCACCACCGAGGUCAGCACGGACGGUUGGUCGGCACGCUUCUUCAACAAGAUUGGCCUCGAGGACCUGGUCAAGGACGACUUUGAGCAGCUCGGUGGUAUCCCAGGGAAGAACGGCCUGGUGCUCAGUGCUGGCCAGCCUGUGGGGCAAGGACUGAACCAGGAGGCAGCCGCAGACCUUGGCCUUGUCGAGGGCACAUCUGUUGGUAGUGCGGUCAUUGACGCCUACUCGGGUUGGAUCGGCACGGUCGCCGCUGUGGCCACCUCGAGCUCUGGCGUCAAGGAGCCCGUCCCCACCCUCGACGAUGCUGCUCGUCGACUCGCUGCGGUGGCUGGUACCAGCACAUGUCACCUCGCGCAGAGCAAGGAAGGCAUCUUUGUUCCUGGCGCAGUGUUCCCGGGCUACUGGAUGAACGAGGGCGGCCAGUCGUCGACGGGCCAGCUCAUCGACUUUAUCAUGACCACCCACCCUGCGUACCCUAAACUUGUGGAGCUCUCGAAGAAGAGCGGCAAGAGCACGUACGAGCUCCUCGGCGAGCAGCUGGACAAGAUGAUGAAGACGGAAGGAGCCGAGACUUUGACCCACCUGACCAAGGACCUUCACUUCUACCCCGACCUGCACGGCAACCGUUCCCCUCUGGCCGACCCCAAGAUGCGGGGUAUGAUCUGUGGCCUUGAGCUUGACGACGGCCUGGACGACCUCGCGGCCAAGUUCAAUGUGACUCUGGAAGCGAUCGCACUUCAGACGCGCCACAUUGUGGACACGAUGAACUCGAAGGGACACAAGAUCGACUCGAUCUACAUGAGCGGAUCCCAGGCCAAGAACGGACCUCUGAUGCGGCUGUUUGCCACUGUCCUCCAGAUGCCCAUCAUCAUUCCUCCUCAGCCUUCGGCGGCUGUGGUCCUCGGCGCGGCCAUGCUCGGCCGCUUUGCGUACGAGCUCUCCCAGACCUCGGGCGCGAUCACGACGCAGGCCCAGGUCGACGCUGCCGGCGAGCAGUACGGCGCCAAGCUGUGGGAGAUCAUGGUGGCCAUGACGCAGCCUGCCACACGGGUCGAGGCGCGCUCAGGCCCGGAAGGCGAGCGCGAGCGCAAGCUCCUGGACGCCAAGUACGAGAUCUUCCUCGAGUCGAUCGACACACAGCGUCGCUGGCGCCAGCGUAUUGCCCAGGCUGUUGCAUAG